GCGGGCUGCGAGCGAGCGAGGGACGGCGCCGGGGCCGGCGAGAUCCAGCCCGGCCCAGGGUCUCCCUGACCCCCCCAGCCCCUGGCCGCACCUCCCUCCCGGAGCCUGUGUUCCCAUCGGACAUGUCGGCCAGGCGCAGAGCCGCCGGCAGGAGGGGGGCGGGCGGGCAGCCACUGCUGCUGCUGCUGCUGCUGCUGGCGGCGGCCGGGGUGCACCUGCUGGCCUGCCCCUACACCAAGGUGGAGGAGAGCUUCAGCCUGCAGGCCACACACGACCUGCUGUACCACCGCCUGGCCGUGGAGCAGUACGACCACCACGAGUUCCCUGGCGUGGUGCCCCGCACGUUCCUCGGGCCCUUGCUGGUGGCGGCACUGUCCAGCCCCGUGGUCGGCUUGCUGUCCCUGAUGGAUGCGUCCAAGUUCUAUUCCCAGCUCGUAGUCAGAGCUGUGCUCGGCCUGGGCGUGCUCCUCAGCCUCUGGGCCCUGCAGAAAGAAGUGAGACGGCAGCUCGGGGCCACAGUGGCCACUGUCUUCUGCUGGGUGACGGCCACACAGUUCCACCUGAUGUUCUACUGCACGAGGACACUCCCCAACGUGUUGGCGCUGCCCAUGGUCCUGCUGGCGCUCGUGGCCUGGCUGCAGGGCCGCUGGACACGCUUCAUCUGGCUCUCGGCCUGCGCCGUCCUGGUGUUCAGGGCCGAGCUGAGCCUGUUCCUGGGGCUGCUGGCGCUCCUGGCGCUGCUGGCGGGGCGGCUGACGGUGACCCGGGCCCUGCGCUGCGCCGUGCCGGCCGGCGUCUGCUGCCUGGCCCUGACCGUCGCGGUGGACUCCUAUUUCUGGCGCAGCCUCCUGUGGCCGGAAGGAACAGUGCUCUGGUACAACACCGUCCUCAACAAGAGUGCCAACUGGGGAACCUCCCCUCCGCUGUGGUACUUCUACUCGGCCCUGCCCCGGGGCCUGGGCUGCAGCCUGCUCUUCGUGCCGCUGGGCGCCGUGGACCGGAGGACGUGGCCGCUGCUGCUGGCCUCCCUGGGCUUCGUGGCGCUCUACUCCCUCCUCCCGCACAAGGAGCUGCGCUUCAUCCUCUACACGUUCCCGGUGCUCAACGUCGUGGCCGCCAGGGGCUGCGCUUAUGUGCUGAAUAACUCCAGGAAGUCGUGGCUCUACGGGGCAAGCUCCUUGCUCGUGGUCGCACACCUGGCGGUGAACGCCGCAUACUCAGCCACCGCCCUGUACGUGUCUCACUUCAACUACCCUGGCGGCGUGGCCAUGCAGCGGCUGCACGAGCUGGUGCCCCUGCACGCAGAUGUCGUCCUGCACAUCGACGGGGCAGCGGCGCAGACGGGCGUGUCGAGGUUUCUGGAAGUCAACAGCGGCUGGAGGUAUGAGAAGAGGGAGGACGUGCGGCCCGGGGAGGGGCGCAUGCUGGACUACACGCACAUCCUCAUGGAGGCGGUGCCCGCGCACCUGGCCCUGUACCGGGACACGCACCAGGUCCUGGCCAGCAUCUCGGGGACAAGCGGGGUGACCCUGAACCUCACCAAACUGCCUCCCUUCGACGUCAACCUGCAGAGGAAGCUGGUGCUUCUCGAGAGGCGCCCCGAGCCUUCCUGAGGGCGAGUGGCAGCUUCCCACGAACCUGCGGUCGCCCCGGCAGGGCCCCGGGCUGCAUGUCCGCCCGCCCCACGACCACACUGCUCGCCAGGACGGGCAGCGCAGCCUUGCGGGCCAGGGAGGCACGUGGGGUGCGAGGGACGCUGUUUGUGCCCCCGGGGCCACGUGAGCGGAUGCACCACAACCCUGGCAGCAGGACCUGCCCGUGACGAGAGGGGAGGGUGUGGACAUGCCCAGGAGCUUGUGAAUAAAC